AUCGACAAAUCAAAAGUGGAGUGAUACUACAUUUUCACAAUUUUUGCAAAUUCGUCAAUUAUGUAGACAAAUAUACUAUUAGACUACACUUUUAAAAAUGUCAGGAGACCAGGAUACUACACAAUGGCUCUCAGUGACUGAGGAGACAUUAUUCCUGCACGAUGGUUUGAUUCGUGUCACAGACCUCGUAGAGCUUCCAUCGGAUGUGAACACUGCACAUGAAAUUGAUCAUGAAAUGGUAUGCUUUGAUUCCACAAGUCCAGCCGAACUCAGCAAAUGUUUGCUUCGGGUGUGCGGAACAUAUAAUAAUGCAUUUGCUCGCUUACUUGAAUAUCGAUUAAAUGCACUCAGAGGACUCUGGGAAGCAAAAAGUCAACUUGCAAUUGCGGAACAAACCGAUCGUGAUACAUCAAAUGAAGAAGCCAUUGCACUCUUGAAGAAGCAAGGCCUGUGGAAAGAAUCAGACAAUGCAACUUUCUCAACACGGGUCAGCUUGCUCCUUUGCCUACCAUUAUUGCAAUCGCAAAGUCGAAUGGAUCCGGCAUUGUGUGGAGUUACAGCAGAAUUAUUACUAAAUUGUCUACGAGAUUGCCCUCCUUUGAGUCUUAUGAAAGAGCCAACUGAUUGUCUGAAUGGUCUAGAGCAUCUACUUAGUACAUGGUUAGAGGAUGCUGAGGAAUUUGUAGAUCAAAUAGACUACCGGGAUGACAUACAACGAAUGAACACUGCAUCAGCACUGGUAGCAUUAGCCUGUGCUAGGGGUCAACUCAAGAUGUUCAUCCACACAAUUCAGCUCUUACAACAACUGAAGGAUUUGGAGACUCUCCCUGUGGCAGACAUCAUGUUGAAGCUACUUAUGACUGAAGGGGGUCCAGGCCAGCCAACCUCAUUGCUAGGGAGACAACACAUAGUUUGCUGGGGAUACAACUGCCUGUUAUUAACACAUGAGAAGACACAGACUGGGAGUAAAGAUAAAGACCAAUCUCAAGGCCCUGAAGGACGUAGAAGCCUGGCUUGUGAUGGCAAGUUCUUAUAUAUGACUGAUCCUCAUGGGAAAGGUAUUGCUAAAGUGGGAACAGGACUGCAUGGAACACUGAGGGGAUAUGUCUAUGCAUGUAAUACAGAUAUUGGUCCAGGUGUUUUGGCAUAUGGUUCUGAAAACUUGAUCUAUAGACCUCUGAGCUUCGAUUCUGAAUCAGAAUCUUCAAACUUCUUCCAACUGAUUGACAGUUCUACAUUGCAGUUGAUCAAGACAAUCCCCUUGCCUGACCAAUACACAAAUAUCUCCACGCCAACGAUUACAAUAGCACUAUGUGGAGAUGGAGCAUACUUCUACUGGAUAUGGACCAGUGUACAGAAUGACAAAACAAAAUCACAAGAUAUCUACUUAGACACUUUUCAGUUCAAUGAUGAUGAGUCUUGUGUAACAGCACUUUCAGAGACAGUUGUGUUGCAAAAGAAGGAUGACUCCAACACUAAGGCCAUCAAUGACACCUUGUUGUCAAGGCUACGACCUUAUAGUCGUGCUGCGUCUGCUGCCACUUUGGUAGCUUUAACUGGAGACCCCCCUCCCAGUGCUGCUCUACCCAGGAAGGAAGAGGCCUCAGUGCCUUCAAGUUGUGGCUUUACAGUGAAGACCCUUCAGAAGACACCAAUAUAUUGUGAUGGCACAACAGUUGUCAUGUUGUCAUCGUCAACAGGAAGUAGCAGUGCCAACUCUGCAGCAAGGUCAUUGUUUGGGGGAGGGGGUUCUCUAGCAGGACUCAGAUGUCUAGCUACAAACACAUGUUUCAGUGUGAAUGAUGGUCAGUUUCAGUCUCGCAUAGAUCUGGUUGAUGCCCCUACCUCAUCUCUGGCCAGAGAUGCAGCGUUACAAACACUAGGUGUAUGCUUUGAUGUGAAGAACAACAUGAUCUGGACUUGCACAAAUGAUUGGGUCGACCAGUACCUUAAUCCAGGACAUCUGGCUAGUCACCACAUGUUGCAUAGACUUGGCCUUGAGACCAAUAGACAGAUACCCGACUUUCCAAACAAUUUUAUGGAGACUAAACAAGUGAUUGAUUACCUACUUGAACAUGUGUCAAGUAUGUGCAUUCACCAGAACAACAGUUCCCUUCUCCAUAGCCCACUUGGAUGUUACAUUCUGCAGCAGCAACCAGCAGACCUCAUCCAUAUAGAGCGUGUUUGUGCAAUAUUAGACAAGGCCUUUCAUACAAGAGACGAACAUAUCAUACGCUGCUGCCUAAUCGUUUUGCAGCUUGUGUUCAGAAUGUCAGUGUUCAAAACAGACCAAGAUAAAGACAAAAAACUGCUCUGCAAGACAAAGAGACUUUUAUGGCAAAUUAUGGACAUGUACAGAUUGGAUGAAACAGUCCAUGAUAUCCAAAGAGAGGCUUGCCUUGUAGUGAGUACUGGACUCACUGUGCUCUACCAUACACCAGAGGACCAGGAUAAACUACUUCAUAGUAUAUUAACAGAAGGUGCCAAGGUUCCCGGCAUGGUGUUCCUGCGCGAUCUCCUCCUCGUUGGAUUUGUGGACCAGUUACAAAACAGCUAUGACAAAUAUGACCAAUCAUCAAGCUUCAUUUUAAAGGAGGACAUUCUGAACUAUAUUUUGAAAAUUGUUGUUCAAGAAUCCUGUGUGUUAUUAAGGGAAUGCAAAACUAAAUCAAAGGCAAACUUUGAUCACCUUCAGAUGUCCGUACCCGAAGCAUCCCCUUGCUUGCGAUACCUAAUGGCACUCCAGUCCUACUUGUUGAGAUUAGCAGUUCUACAUGUACAUAACACUGAAGGAGGGAAAGUCAAAAGGAUAACACAACCAUUGAAGGAACUUCAGGAAGCACUGCUAUCAUUGGCCUCGAAAAUAUUUGCUGGUUGCUACGAAGUGUUAGAAGUGUUGCUAGAAACCUGUAAUACAAUAAUAAAUGAAAUGAAAGAGGAAUCUGAAUGCAGACUACAGGGCUUAGAAAGGGUUGCCAAGGCAACUAUUGUCGGCCAUCUUCUACCUGUCCUACUCACUGUCAUGACACACCACAACUUGAAAUUCUUGCCAAUUGCUGAUAAGCUUAUGCCAGAACUGGUACAGCUUGUUGUUCUCACAAGCCAGGCUGCCCUAUUACUGAAGAGCCAGGUACAUGCAGUCCAUGAUAGUAGUCAAGAUAUAGCAGACCUAGGUGGCAUAAUAGGAGAAACACUUGAUAUUGAAAACAUUGAGGUAGAAGGGGAAGAAGAACAAGGUUUUCUCACUGGCCUUAAUAUUCCUGCACCCUGGUCAACUGGUAGAACUAUUGAGACAAUCCACCCAGUCCGUGAUAACUACAAGCUGAAGGAGACAGUCCACAUUCCUGGGGCGAGAUUUCUUUAUAUGAGGUUUGACCCCAGAAGUUCUUCACAGUAUGAUUAUGAUAAGCUUAUAGUAUAUGCUGGGCCAAACACAAGUGGUCGCAAGGUGGCAGAAUAUGGUGGCAACACAUUUGGUUAUGGCAGUAGAAGUGUAUUAGGGGGAGGAUGGCCCAAAGACCUAGUCAAGAUUGAUGGAGAUACGGUGACACUCUCAUUUGAAAUGCGAAGUGGGCGUGAACACAACACACCAGAUAAGGCAAUGUGGGGGUUUUUGGUAACAGUAAGGGCACAAGAGGCUACAGAAGAAGUGACCAAUGGACUGCCAUUCUUAGCUGAUCUUGCCUUGGGUCUCUCAGUACUGGCCUGUAGCAUGUUAAACCUCCUCUACCAGGGACCUGAGAAAACAACUGAUGAGAUGUCAUGUGAAACACUGUUGAAAUCAAAACUUCUACAGAGAUGUAUCUGGCAAAGGGAGACCGGCACACCAUUCCCAAUUCAAACGACAGGUCCAGUAGAUAUACCUAUUGAUGAAGAGUCUGAGUUGAAUUUACCAAAUAUGGCAUCAGAUUUAGCAAGAAUCAAACUGCCUGCUGAAAUCAUUGUGAAGCUUAGAAGUCUAUCAGGUCGCCAAAAUCCAACACUGAGACCAAGUAUUAGGGAAGUGAUUCGAGCGGAUGAUCUCCAAGAAGCUGUCAUAUCAGCCACCAUUAAGCAUCUUUCACUCUCUGAGACUGUUCGCCAUCUUGGAUCAGUGAUUGACAAUAAAUCAGAAGAUUAUUGGCUCUUGGAUAACGUCAUGACAGAGGUGUUCCGAAAGUAUGACGCCCUCAUAAGGCAGCUUCAGACACUAGCUGAUUUAGAACAGAAGUGGCAAUUGGAAGUUGAGGAGAUGGUAGCAGGAACACAGGAUAUCAAUGAGGCAUUUUUCAUUGAUUAUCAUCUGCAAGAGAAUAAAGAAAAAGAGCUUGCAUUUCUCUGCUAUUUGAAGAAUGUGGAAAUGGACCAUGGUAACCAUGACAAUACAGUGAAUAAUUUAAGGGAAAAACUUGAACAAGAGGUCUCAGCAGCAACUAGCGACCAGAAUUCAAGUUGCAAGCCAAAGAUAUCAAUGAUGAAAACCAGAGAGCUUGUUGCAGGAAUAUUGGAGAAACUCAACUUGUUACUUACAGUCACAAUCGCUCCAGAACAGUCGCAUUCCCGCACAUAUUCUAGAAUGACGUCACAAGCUAAUGAAGCUCAGAGGAUGGUAGCCAGUGUUAUGGUUCACUCAGAUACUGAUGUCCUGAAGUCAUCUCUCACUUAUAACAGAAGUCUGUCUGCUCCUUCUCACAUUGAAUCCUCUCAGGAUGAUAGUAUAUUGGACAUCAUGAAGCUGCAGAGGGGUAGAGAACGUAGAGGGGCAGCAACAUUGCUACAAGAUCUUGUUGUAGAUGAAAAGCCUGACAGACCCCCACAUGUCAUCAUCAUUGACCAACUCUUCAAUUUCAUUGGCAGCAAUCAAGAAAAAGCAGUAUCAUGUAAGAUCUUCCUGUCUGCAGCUCAUGUUAGAUGGCGCCGCGGUCACACACGCAAGCAAGCGUUGGUUCACAUGAAGGAACUCCUUGGUGCUGCCCUGAGGGUAGGGGGCGCCACUCAUCUUGUAGCAGCAGUUACAUCUGUCAUCCAAUCAGGACCAAGGAUUGAAGAGUUAACAUGUGGUGGCAUGGUAGAUGUUGUCAGGGAUGCCUUCUCUGAGACUAUGACAGCAGUAGUUCAGCUAGCAGCCCGUUAUCCAAUUGCUUGCUGCAACAGCAUUGGCCUGCUCUCUAUUAUACCAUACACAAGAGCUGAGGAGAAAUGCCUGGUACGCUGUGGUCUGGUGCACCUGCUUGACAAACUCUGCAGUCUCAGCAGCUGCCUUAAGGGGGAAAGGACAGAAGGGGGCUCUAGUGAAGGGCAGACAACACGGGAGAGGGUCUCCUUAAUGGCAUGGGCAGGCUUCCAGGUCCUGGCCAAUAGAUGUGUCUCAUGGGAGCAAGAAGAUACUCCCUACCAUCCCGAGCAGUUAGAGCAUUCAGGCCUAGCUCGUCAAGUAUCCAUGCUACUCACACACCAUCUGGUGAGGGCCACAGAAAGCAGUGGAAAUGAGGCUGCGGGGACAGAGGCACUACAAGAGGUGUUAACUCUGCUUAACAACUUAUCUAGAAGCAAAAUGGGAAAAACUAUACUAAGUCAGGCUGAUUGUGUCUCUAAACUUCUCUCCCUGCUGCUAGACCAGAGACCGUCUCCUAAACUUGUACUCAUAAUACUACAACUAUGCCGUGUUGCCCUGCCACUCAUGAGUGCGGAAGAAUGUGAUAAAGUGGACUUGCCUGCUUGGGGAUCGAAUUUAUACACGGCAGAAGAUUCUGGUCAUAAAGACGCACCUUCUAAGAUUGUUAGCCUCCUUCUUGCCAAACUUGGGGAUUUUGUAGUGCCAGGUGGUCACACAACAAUAUUUAGCAGACGUCCUUCAGCUGAACUCAACUCACAAGGUGGCGCCAGUAGUAGUAAUAAAGAAAAAGCAGAUGGAGAAAUCCAAGAUGGUCGCCUAUCAGUGUUCAUCCAUAAACGUUCAGAUCAGUCUUCCCAUGAAGUGAUACAACCCCUUAUAAGCUCUGAUACCAGGCCAUUUAGACUUGGGGGUGGCGCUAACAUGGAAAGAGUUGUUAGAAUGGACAGAGAGAUGACUAAGACUGGUAGAGCUGAGGUGUGUACAGAAGACACAGUGACUGCAUUGAGAAGGGCAGCCAAGUGGGCAUUGCUGGGAUUGGUGAUAUCAACAGGCCCACCACAGGAGGUCAAUACCCAGGGUUCAACACCUGGAGACAAAAAGAAAACUGGCUCAGAAGUAGUCUGUAAGGAGCGGAAUGCUGAUUUGGCCAGAACUGAUCCUGUGAGACCAUUUAUAAGUGGCCAUGUUGCUAACAGUAUGUCUGCAGAGGUGAUUGCUUUGCUACAUGGCCUGUUAUGUGCACCUGAGACAACUACUGCACAAGUCUGGGCCAAUGUUGUUGAGAAGGUAAUAUCAGGUGCAUUGGAGUGCAUACCACACCUAGUGAAGGCCUUGGAGAACAUAGGCUCUCCUCGCUAUGACCAGGGGGAACUGAUGAGUCUUGCGAAGCAGGCAAAUGCUGCUCUGUGUGCUCUUGGAGGGUUCAAAGAAACUGUCAAGCCAGGUUGCGAAGUACAGAUAACUGGAGAGGGAUUGGGAGACUGUAGAGGAACAGUGAUUUCUGUGUCAGAGCAGACAGGUUUAGCUACAGUGGCUCUACUAGUGGGGCCCAAUGACACUACACCAAGAUAUAGUGAUACAAUCCAAGUACCCCUUGUACGAUUGCAACAUCCUCGCAAUAAGCCUUUGCCCUUGCAAGAGUUAUCAAUGACAGAUUCCAUUGUGUCAGCCAUACUGACAUUGCUCCUACCCCAGAAUGGAAAUGAGUCUUCCAUGCAGCAAGCACUACCCUCACAUGGGGAUGGCACAAGUAUGCCUAAUCAAGUCUGCAGGGUUGUUGCAGAAAUUAGAGCCAGGGCUUGUCAAGUUCUAUCCAACCAUCUAACGAAUGCCAAUUUCGCCAGUGCAUUUAUCCAGCAUUCUAGCACAUGUAUAGACAUGUUGAAGAGUCUUGCAAAGGACUGCAGUUCAGGUGAUAGACUUACCUUGGUUGCAUCCAGGUGUGAACAAUUGAGGAUGCUCUAUAGGGACUGUGCUAAACCACCUCCUCCAUCCUCUAAACUCAUCAAUAAAACAGCUAAAGAAAUCUGCUGGGAUGUUUCAAGAGCCUUCCCACCUGUGCGGGCCUGUAUGUUCUCCCAUGGGCUGACUGGGGUGACAUUCCUGGGUGAUCCGAGUGUUAGCAGUGGUCUCCCCAGGGGCACUAUGGUAUAUGCCACACAGCCCAUACCACAACAGGCACCCUCCUUCUAUUGGGAGAUAGAGAUUUGUUCAUUUGGGGACAACCAGGAAGAUGGAGGUCCUCUAAUAUCAUUUGGCUUCAUGCCAAGUGCAGAGAAAAAAGAUGGCGCUUGGACAAAUCCUGUUGGCACAUUCCUCUUCCAUAAUAAUGGUCGUGCUGUGCAUUAUAAUGGAUCUAGUCUACUGCAGUGGAAAAGCCUGCGCUUAGAUUGUACACUCAAUGCUGGAGAUGUGGCAGGAAUAGGCUGGGAAAGACAAGGAGAGGUGGCACCUGUACUAGGACAGAAUGUCAAAGGAAGCGUAUUCUUCACUCAUAAUGGCCGCAAACUGGUAUCCACUUUAGAUGAUGUCUCAGGAGCCAUGUGGCCAGUAGUUCAUAUACAGAAAAAGAAUACACGGAUCAAAGCCAACUUUGGGUCAAGACCUUUUGCUUUUGCAGCAGGUAGAAGCCACCGUGAUGCGGCUGAUGACUGCUCAGAUGCUCUCCAUGAGAUCAAAGAAAACUUUAGGUCCUUGCCAUUCCAAAUGGGUUCUGAUAGUGAAAGUGAAGGGACUGUCUCCACCAGUAGUUCCAGUUUGGACUCCAGCUUACCCCAAACCCCAGUGGGCCCACCAUGUAGACUACCAGGAAUGCCAAGGCCAACAAAAGAGUAUAACAGUGAACUGUCAAGGCAUUACAAAGUGGCCCCAUGCUAUGACAAUUUUUCAACAACUGGCCCUGAUCGUUACCAAGUAACCAAUCAAGAUGAAGAAUCAGAUGUCGAUGAUGCUAACCAAUCAGAACCAAAUGAGGAUCAUUAUGCAUUGAUUGUUAAAGCAUGGGAGCAGAAAGUCUUCCCAACAAUUAGACGUAGAUUUCGGAAUGAGGCUGAGCGAAAGGAUGGCCUUGAACAGAUACGAGGUGCAUUACAAUUAGGUAUGACUGACAUUGCAAGACAGACAGUUGAGUUCCUUUAUGAAGAGAAUGGAGGAAUGCCACGUGAUCUUCAUCUCCCAACUAUUGAUGACAUCAAAGAGGAGCUUGCUAAGUUUACUAUAGAAAGAGUGAAGAAAGGAACAACAGUUAUGAUAUGUAAUGUUGAUACUGGGCCUAAUGGAGCGACAGUUCUUCCAAAGUUUGCAGUAAGGGGAAUGAUUAAAACAUUAGGCCUCUCAGGAAUUGUUUUAGACGUUGACCAGAGCCACGACCUGAUACAAGUUGAAACAUAUCUCCGUAGUGAGGGGGUACUUGUCAGGUACUGGUAUCCCAUUGAAGUGUUGGAGAGGCCCCCACAGGGUUUUAGAAAGAUAGGUGCAACAGGCCAACAGGCUGAUCUUGAUACAACGAAUGUGUUCAUACAUAGGGAGCUGAUAAAAUAUGAGGGUAUGCUGGCGCGUAUGUACUGUCGUAGCGCACUUCUGGAGCUGAUCAACCAGUGCAACAGUCCCACAAUGCAACUGUCCACUAUGUUAUGUAAUAUAGGAUCCAACAUGGCCGCCAGUGCUGCAGUCUUACAAGACCUUGAUGUAGAGAAUCUACAACUGUUAUCCAAUGAGCUUCUUGCAUAUCCUUCAUCGCAGGGACCUGUCACGUCAACAUCUCUAGUAAUAUCAGAAUCCCCCGCAAAGUGCCAGGCAUCACAUACCUGUUCAGCUUCUGAUGUUUUUUACUGGGACAGUGAUCGCUUAAAGAGGGAGCUGUGGGUGUCUAUUGCACAGGCAGCCAAUCAGGGAGAAGAUUAUGUCAUUGAACUGACCAGUCAGAUCUGCGUUUGUCUCCAGACAGCCCCAGAAUUAUUCCCUUGUGAAGAGUUUCCCAUCAAUGAGAUUAAGGUGAACACUGAUGUUCAUUUUCCUGGUGCAGCAUUCCUGAUUGUUUCAUGUAAAACAACUGAUGGGAAACCUUCCAAAUCAGACACACCAUAUAAAUCUCCAUGGGCAAGAGUGUUCACAUACAAUGGGCAUAGGGUUAAAAAGAAUGGAGAAUCCUCCAAACAAGAAGUACUAACCUAUCCACGAGACACCAAUACAGGAAGUCAGAGCCAUGAGCAGUACACACCUAUGCUUCUGGCAUGUGACCGUCUCCACAUUAAAGCUGGUAUUUCCCCACCCCCAGGGUUUAUCUUGACGAUCCAUGCAGUUCCUGCUCAGUUUUGCCUUGCGAUUGCCUACAUAGAGACACUAACGACUGAUUGGCACAUCUCUGCCCAGAAGCGAGAGGAUGAUAAAAUUAGAGCAUGGAAAUCAGCUGCCUUGUCUGAUGAUUGCAAAAUUGAUGCGCAAGUCAAAAGCCCCGAAGGACAUGUGAUGAGCCCAAUACGACAAUACCAGGAUGUAGGUGUGACAAUUGGGGCACUUCAUCAUGUCGUUGAGUUGAUAACUGGAUACAUGACACGUACUGAUAUACCCGCGAUGCUGAAAGAAUACAUGUUUCAUGUUCUUGCUCAGUCUAUACGGAGACUGAAACAUUGUGACACGGAAGUAUCCAAAGUAUUCCCAGAAUGCACCUCAUCACUGAGCCCUUCCUUGAGCUUAUUCAUCUCACUUCAGACGGAGCUGAAGAAUUUAUAUGAGCUAGAGACGAAGGAAAUGGGGUCAGGUUCUACCCCCAGUGGUUAUGGCAUUGGCCUGGGUUACACAGAUAAUGGUCGCUUCAGUACAUACUUCCAAGCUCUCUUAGAAGUCUGCUUAGCAAUUGCUGAAAACACAGCAGCAUCCCAAACAGGGUUCCUUGCUUCAAAGUCUGUGUCACCAUGGGAACCAGCCACCAGUGAGGACACAGUGUCUCUACUGCCUCCCCCAACAAGUCCGGUCACAUCAAAAAGAAAACGAUUAAAGAUUAAACGCGAUCGUGACAGAAGUAGCGCCAUAUCUAGUGGCAGUCCCCGAAGUAGUGAAAGCGAUAGUUCAAUCUCUGAUGUCCCAGCUAGGCUAACUGGACCCGGGAGCUCCACUUCUGGUACCCCUACCCCUAGAACUCCUACUCCCACCCCAUGUUCAAGUAGCACUUCAGUGACCAGUGCCAAGGAAGACAUGCUAUGGUUCCAUCGUGCUUUGACAAUGUCACAGAUCUUGCGUCAUAUUACAUGCGGCAAAUCACAGUUCGUACACAUUAUGAAUGAUGCCAUUUCUGAUGCCACUCACUCUCUUGUUGAACCAACGGCCCAUUCAAGGCUGAUCAUCCUAACAGGGAUUCCCACCAAGUUGAACCCUGAAGUAGUGAAAGGCGCCAUAAGAAGGGCUUGUAAUACUCAUGGUGGCUUGUUCAAAGAUGAAGUCUUUGUUCCCCUUGACUCAGAAGUUAUCCAAAUUGAGGCAGAAGCUUCUCAAUCAGAAACAGAUGUUUCCACUAGUGAACACAAUAACAAAGCAGCUUCACCUGGGACUUGUAAGAGCGACCCUAACCUACCAAUUCCCAGACCCCUGAAAGGAUAUGCUGUUCUAGAAUUGAGAUCAAGAUCAAAGGUGGAAGCUGCUAUUAAGGUGCUUACUAAAGAUAAACAAUUGAUAGAGGGACUCACCAUUAAUGAGAAUGAUAUAGUUGAUAUGCCAGAUGAAAGUUUCUCAAUUUCAACGGUGCAGUCAACAUUUCUAUCAGAGACACAAGCCAACUCAGCCGUUGAGCAUUUCCUGUCGAGUAAACUGAUACUAGAAAAGCAUGAUCUAACUGAUGCUUUUAUGAUUGUGCUGACUGAGAUAUUCCACAGUUGUUUCAUAACAGAUCAAAACCUGAUGAGCUCCAGUGAGGUGGGACAUAAGAGUGGCUAUAUCUGUCUUACAAGGGACCAGAUACUCUCAGACACCCCUGGUAACAUGCUACAUCAGUAUUUCUCCAAUAUACGACCCAUCAAGAAAACUUUAACUGAACAUGUGAACUUUGUACUCCGGAGAUAUGGACUCACCCAGGGUGCUGACAAACCUGAGAGUCCCGAGAAGUCAGGGGGUAAACCUAAGCCAGUGAAAAAGUCAAAAUCAAAGGAAAAGGCAGCACUGGGGUCAUCGUCUCAAACAAGAACAAGCCCAAAGGAGAAACAACAUGUCAAGCCACGAGAUACCAAAGAAACACCAGAGAAGGCAAAGUCUGAGUUUUCUCCAAAACAUGUUAAGGAGGUAAGAAAGGAAGAAGAGCGCCUCUUGACACUGGAUGGUUUCCUCCAGUAUUCCAUAGAGAGGUCAGCUCAGGAUCCACGUUCUGUCUGGAGGGCCCUAGUAGCUUGUGGAUUUGACUUGCACUUUGACAGAUUUGCUUGUAUUGAUGACUGUCAGGCCAAACAGAUGGCUGAGCAAUGGACACCAGAGAGGGACUCCGCCCUUGCAAGUUAUGUAAAUACAUUGUGUAGAAAGCUAGCUGUGUCCCCCGCAAGGUUACAUCCCCAUGAAGUGUAUAUGACACAGCAUGAGCUGUCUAGUGCUGAACUAUCAUGUCUUCAAGAUUUGCCCGUAGAGAGUCUGCGUCUCCGAUUUGCGUUACUUCAGUCAGUGAAUAAAAGCCUAGAGACGUUCUUCCUUCCAUUGGUUGAUCUUCGCACUACUUCUGUCUUUAACCACAGUAUUGCUGCCCUAUUGGCUCAAGCUAGGGGCUUAAUCUUCAUUGAUACAAAGACAGUGUUUAUGAACAGAGUAUUGAACACAACUGCCAAGAGGAAGAUAGAUCAGGCACCACCUGAGAUUAUGUUGGACCCUCUUGAACAUGUAGGAGGUGACAAAUCUGUAUUGCCUCAAUCAACCCACCUAAGCCAGGCAUACCGUCAACUAGCCGCUGUUCCAUCCAGUGAUUUAUGUGUUAGGAUAGCAAGUGGGGGUGACCCGAUGUAUUCAUUUAAUGUAAGGAUGGCAGGGGAGGAGGUCCAUGGCACAAGUGGCUCAUUUAGACACUUUCUGUGGCAAAUAGCCAGAGAACUACAGCAGUUAGAGAUCCUCAUACCAUGUCCUAGUUCAGCUAGUCAAAAGAACAAGGGCAAGUUGAUACUGAAACCAGGGCCCAUGACUUACUCUGAGGAGAGAUUCCUCAUCUUUUUUGGUCAAUUGCUUGGUAUUACAAUCAGAGCUGAUAUCCCUAUAGGCCUAGACCUGCUCUAUAUUUUCUGGAAGUCACUUUGUGGCCUUGACCUUGACCCCAUCACUGACCUCCAGGAAGCAGACAUUCUCUCAUAUAACUACAUCAAGAAGUUUGAAAUUGCAGAGAAUGAGGCUGAGCUGCAGGUGUUAUUCUCUGAAUGUUGUCCCCGGUUUGUCUACACAGCAAUUACUGGGGAGGAGGUUGAGCUCAUUCCUGGUGGUGCCAAUAUUUUUGUCAGCUGGGACAAAAGACAACAGUAUGCAGAUGCAAUACGACAACUACGAAUGACUGAACUGCAGUGUCAGUCAAGGAUGAAAGCUCUGAAGGCUGGUAUAGGGACAAUAGUCCCAGUACAACUUAUACCCCUCUUCACACCCUUAGACUUACAACUAAGGACUUGUGGGCUUCCAGAGGUUAACUUGGAUUUUUUGAAGGCUCACACCAUGUACCAAGUUGGCUUAAUGGAAACAGAUAAACACAUCGAAUAUUUCUGGAAUGCUUUGGAAAGUUUCUCACCUGAUGACUUAUCUAAGUUCAUCAAGUUUGCAUGUAAUCAGGAGCGGAUCCCACAAACAUGCCCAUGUCGAGAUGGUGGAGCUGAUACGGCGCAUGUUCCCCCGUAUCCCAUGAAGAUUGCACCUCCAGAUGGAGCAGGAAACCCCGAUGUCCGCUACAUUAGAGUUGAAACGUGCAUGUUUAUGAUCAAACUGCCUCAGUAUUCAAGUCAGACCAUUAUGACAGAGAGACUCCUAUAUGCUAUACAUUGCAGAGAAGACCCUCUUAGUGGAUAA